CUCCCGAACAACAUCCCCGAGAAAUUAAACAUCUCGCCAGGCGAAACGGUGUAUUACGUGGUGCAAAACGAAACGGUAUGGGGGCCGCCUGGGACUGCUGGAGUCGGGCUCCCGUCGCCGAUCGACAGACGGCGAGAUGUGGGUGAUAGUCCAGAUGAAGCACACACGGAGUUAAGACGAAGGCAAACAUCGACGAAGACAGUCUGGUUGUCGAUGAACACCUGCCAACAACCAACGACAAACCAGACGCUGAGCGCCGCGCCACCUCAGCUUACCAUGUACGUCUCGACGUCCGACGGCAACCAGAAACCCGGCCCGGAUGUCACCAGCGAAGAGCAGGAAGUCAUCGCGCUCGUCGAAGGAUUUGCCAGUGUAGCAAUCCAAGCCGACAAGAAUGUCUACGUCGGCGUCUCCGCCCCUUCGCUUCCCGACACCUUCACGGGGCCGUGGAACUACCAAAUCGCCGCGUCGAUCGACGCGCCGUUUUUCGAAUCCCAGGACAACAGCUUCCUAGGCAUCGUGGACACGGACACGACCUCGGCGCUGCUCGUGACGGGGAACCUCACUAGCACUGGCGCGGAUCAAAAAUUGAAGGACAAGUGGCUAAGCGCGGACACGCCGUUCACGAUCUUCACGUACGCGGCGAAUACCACGCAGGUGGACGGGGUGCGGAACUCGUUCUGCGGGCUGGACUUGGCGAAGAAGGACGCACUGGAGGUCACAAUGGGAAUGACGGAUCGGGGGGAGGACGAUAUUCCGCGGCAGCAGUUUCAUGUGAAGGGACUGCAGGGAGGAACCACGUAUCACGGUCUUCUAGCCAUCGAGGGCAACAGUACGGCGUUUGGACCCGGUGUCGUCGGUGGUGGAGGACGAGUUUGGCGACCAGUGAAGUUCUCUACUAAGUCCGACAGCAACUGUGCCCUCAUCUUCUCCCUCCCCUUCUGCUCCUCCAUCGCCUACGCCGCCCCCUCCAACCCCACCCUCUUCGCCGACCACUCCCAGCUCGCUGCCCUCUAUGACAACCGCGCCCAGGCGCUCUACAAGAACUUCAACCGCUCCCUCCAGCAGAUCCCCUGCAACACCACCGACACCGCCAAGUACUCCCUCGCGCGCACCUGCGACGACUGCGCGCGCGACUACAAAGACUGGCUCUGCGCCGUCAGCAUCCCGCGCUGCACGGACUUCUCCCUCGCGGUGCCGCCCAGCGACGCGCUCAGCGUGCGGCCAAGGAACAUCGCGGCGCCGUACUAUAAUGGGUCGGAGCCGCCGGAUGUGGAGCGGUUGGGGUGGGAUCUGAGCUGGCGGGAGCGGCGGUUCGCGAACUCGAGUCGGAAUGCGUGGAUUGACGAGACGAUUCGACCGGGGCCGUAUAAAGAGGUGCUCCCGUGCAGCGAGAGCUGUUGGGAUGUGGUGAGAAGUUGUCCGGCGAGUUUGGGGUUCAAGUGUCCUGAGGAUGGGAUUGGGGUGGAGUGGGGGUAUGGAGAG